UUGUCUCGGAAUUAGUGAGUAGACAGAAUUAUGUCUGUGAGCUGGCCAGCACGGCUCAGUUGAGACUUACUGCUCAGAGCGUGCACACGCAUACUACGAAUCUUUCCUACUUACGCACCUCGCGCCUUCCUCGUGCGAUUAGAACUUAGUCCGCGGCUGCGGCAGGCCAAUCACGGUCCAUUUCGCUAACGCGCCUUCGUACGAAACGGUGUCGUCGUCGUCUUCUUCUUCUUCUUAUUCUUCUUCAUGUGUCAGACUUCACGCUGCGGGAGUUCCCUCGUUUGAAGAAGCGCCAGGCAGCUAGAUGACGGAAUAGCACGGAGCCGUCCGCAACGGUGACGUCUCGAAGAGCCAAGAAGAAAAAUUUCGACGUUAGCCUUCGGGGAGCCAGAAGAACACAUGCGAUUAAGACGAUCUCUCAAUCGCGUUUCUUGUUGUCAUCCUCCUCUGUGAUUCUGUGAGGUGAGCGAGAAUAUACAGAUCGCAAAUAGAGAACUAAUAUAAUCGAUAUCGAAUUUGUUUCUCAAUGGGUUUUGAGGAUUUCGCAGUGAGAAAAUCGACGAAAGAUUCCCAUAGAAGCAAAACCUAUCGAUUAUUUUCCUUCGAAAAUUUGGAGAUUAUUUGUAAGCUACAGCCGUCACGAACGACUUACGAAAUUUUCGAGGCUUGACACUUUUUUUCAGUGAAUCAUCCACUCAGAUUUAAAGUUAUUCCUGGAGAGACGUAGUCGAGCAGUUUCAAGUUAUUUCAUUUCUUGCAAGACUAUCCAAUUUUCUUUUUGGAGUGCUUCAAUCGUUUUAGUCGGAUAUAAUUCAAGUGCGUUAUAUUAUAUAAUUUCUCGGUCAAUUUUUUUUUAUCCUCUGCGAUAAUGGGCAUCAAAUGCUUCGUGCUUUUCUUAUUGUUAUCCAUCACGACCAAUGCGUGGUCUCAUCGUCAUCAUCACCACCAUCAUCAUCAUGAAUAUUAUCCGGAGCACAGAAAAGAAAGUAGUCACAUAAAUUUUGUCGAGCAAAAAUCCAACUUUGAAAACGAAGAUACUACGGAUGUUAUACAGUCAGAGUCGAUGAAGAAGAAUGAAGAAUACUCAAAGAAGAGCUUAGAUAAUAAAGGAUCAGUUCACUUCAGUGAACGGAGAUUAGAGAAAAUGUUGGAGAAGGCAAUUCUGAAGAUAAUCACAGGUGAUCUCGGCACGGCAGAGAUGCUGCUGUUGAAGAGUUUGAAUUACACGCCGGAAGAAGUACUGGCGAUUCGCGAGCGGGAACUUGAUAAGCGAAGGGAUGAAGAAUUGCGAAAAGUCGAGGAAUCCGACGGGAAAAAGUACUACGAUGAGAAUCUUUAUGGGGACAAGACAAAACAUUGGAAUUACGAUUCUAUGGAACUUGAGUCGUCUCCUCGCAAUGACCCCGACGUGGAUGUGUCGAGGAACGAGAGGAGGAAGAACCGAUACAAGGGAAAGGCCUCUUACGAGAAGGACUUCGAUUAUGAAGCUUAUAAUCGCCAGGCGGUGCUGGAUUACGAAAACUUGGCUUCCAAGCUUGAGCAGCAGCAGCAAUCGUGGUCGGAACCUGCGAGUUUUGAUUACGAGGACGAGUCGAAGAACUCCAAGGAGCAGAACCCGUCGCAGGAGAUUCAUCAGAGCUUCGACCGAGCCAUGGAGCCGCACGUGAUCUUCAAGAUCCCCUACGACGACUCCGAGUUCGAUUCCAGCUCCGGAUCUGAUGAAAAAUCGAAAUUCGUAGACAGAGACGCCCUUGUUUUGUCGAAGGGUCUGAAACAUCGCAUUCCUUCGACCUUGAGACACACGACUGCGAGGAAUGUUGCAAACUCCUUUCAUGCUUCGUCAUUGUCUACUUCUUCUUCUUCUUCGUCUGCUUCUUCUGCGGCUACUGGGCACACUCCACUUCCCAUAGUAUACCAGCUGAGGAAUUUUAAAGGCGUCAGGCCAGAUUACCUGAAGAAUCAACCUUCUUUCAGCACGACGGAGCUUCCGGAGCCUAUUAUCACGAGCACUAUUAUUACAAGUGUGACUACACCUAAUGUGACUUCGAGCACAACAGAUCUCGCCGAUUCACCGAACGGAAAUAAAUUGCCUGUCAAAGAAGCGGACAAUGCAACCAGCAGAAGAAUCAGCGAGUACGAGGGCUUAGAAUGGGUUGAGGACGACGUUUACAGGGUGAUACCGGCGUUCGCGGACUCGUUGGGCUACGACAACGCCGAGGAGGGCGAGACGUCGGAGUACGAGGAGCAAAAUCUAGGUUUCAUCCCCGAGGGAAAUGAGAACGAUACUCUGGAGUAUCAGAACGAUACACCGGAUCCAACGAAGCUCUUCGUAGCCAAUGCCAAUAUCUCCAUUGAGAAUGCGUCGCAGGCCAAUCUGACCGCCUAUCAAAAUAUCCUGCGCACUCAUCGUCAGAGAGAAAACGUAACUUCAAGCUUCGACAGUCAGGCCGAGAGGGUGCUCGAAGAUAUUAAGAGGAAGGUUCUCGUGCAAACUGGGAGAACCGAGAGACCUCCGUUCAACUUUAGCACCAUCGACACCAAUCAGGUUCAACCCAGGAAACUUGCCAUGUAUUCGCCCACUUGUCAGAUACCUCGUAACACGGAUUCUGAGGCGUGGAUGGAUCCGUUUUCGAUGAACAUGCACUUUCAAUUGAAUCUUACUUCCGACGAUUAUAUUGUCGUUGCGAGAUUGCGAAUUUUCAAGCUGCCGCAGAAAAACGUCACGACUUCCGAUUUCCGAUCUCCAAUCUCUUUCGAGGACAAUGAGGACGAUGAGAAGAAGAUCAGGAUAUCCGUUUACUACUACACCAAAUCGCUCAAGAAGCAUCGAUCAAAGAAACGACUGAUGGACUCCGUCGUGACGCCUCUGACGGCCAAAGGCGCUCCCCUGGCGCUGGACGUCAGGCACGGCCUGAGAUUCUGGCGACUGAAUUCGCGAAAUCCACAUGGCAACGGUAACAAUCACGGUUUGGUGAUUCAGAUCGAGGACCUGGACGGUCGGCCGUUAAAACCGGCUCUGUACAUCCAACAACCGUCCUGCGGUGACCACGAUUCGGAAGAGAAGGCAUCUCAGCGAUUCACACCUGCAAUUUUCUACGGAGCCUGUCCUCGUUACAUUCGCGUCGUAAACGACGAAAAAGUCACAUAUGUAAAUUGUAGGUAUUGAUGGUCAAAUUCUUGUGACCAGGAAGCGAAAGAAUUUAUUUCGAAAUAAGAAAAUUUGACUUAAACUAUAUUGUUAUCACCAUUAUUUAGAAAUACUUGCCAUUAACACGUAAAGAAACGUGUGCACUCUUAUUGUAUAAAUUCAGAGAGUCGUACAGAGAAAUAUCUACACAGAAAUACGAUAUAAGAACGAAUCCUAAAUACUGAAUUUUAAACUUUAGAAAUUAAGAAAUUCCAUAUCAAAAAAUUUUAUGAUUAAAUAAUACGACUGGCAAACAUAAAUAUAUAAACGGAGCUGCCAAGUUAAGUAUUCCGUUUUAAGUAUUUUUGUCACAGAGGAAAUGCAGUUUUUUACUUUAAUCAUCUUUUUCCAUCAAAAUUUAUUUGAACAACAAUGCAGGUUAUUGGCUUUAAAUUUAUAAUAAUAGUUUAAUUGUAAAAUAUUGAUAUGGUUUUGUAAGAAUUUUUUAUAUAGACUGUUUAUUAUUAACUUAAAGAAUUAUUUAAAUAUAUAGUAAGAUAUAUACAUAUAUAUAUAUAGAUAUAUAUAUAUAAGAGCUAAUAAUUCUUGUAUCUCGAAGUAAACUAUCUUUUAUCGUAUUAUAAUGUACAUAUGCAAUUAAGUGUAAAGUAGCAUAUCAAUGACUUUGCAUUCGCCACCGUGUCAACAUGCUCAUGACUGAUAUAGCCAAAUAAAAGUUUAGGUUUAUAUAUCUAUUUAUAUUAAAUAUAGCUAGAUUAAUUAAGGAAUCUUUUCUCCGACUCUUUAGUUAGGUAAAUCCGUAGAGAGUUUCUCUCUGCGAAAAUGUUGCAAAUUUCUAGGAAAGUAAGUCUUUCUUAUGUUUGAAAUAUUGCAACGACGUUUUACGAUACUUACAAAAUAUGUGACAAAAGAAGUGUAAUGCUUAAUGUCUUCUGCGGUGUAUAUAAUGUAUAUUUCCAUGUCAUGUUGCAAAUAAAUAAAUUCAUUUGUAGUAAGAUA